AUGACCAGACUCUCAGUCCUCUUCACCCUCUUCUUCGCCAUCGUCUUCGUCGCCGCUGCUCCUGCUCCAUCAAAGCUUGGAAUUGACGACGUCCUCGAGCGUGAAGACGCUAAAUGGCUUCGGGUGGACCUCUCAGACGACGACUACUGA